AUUCUGAGAGCAAUUCUCAUCUACCUCCAAUAUCCUCCACCUUCCCCUGGUGAUGGGAAACACAUGGCAAGAUCUCAGAUUAGACUGGAUGCCUGUGGCUGGCCGGCGUGCCUUAGGGCAGUGGCGGCCACCACCCUCUUCAUCCUGGAAGCUACAAAACACUACCCUGGAAGGAGCCCUACACAACUACCUGAUAGGUACCUAGCCUGUCUCCAUUCUCCACAAGCCAGCCACUCCAUGGCCCCUAGUGAGAAACGCUUCCAUAAUGCCACGCGCCAUUCUGUGAAAGGUCAAGAUCCAACGCAAAAGGCCCUCACUGAUGGAGGGAGGGAAACAUGUGCGGACGGAGCUGAGGAAUGUGUGGGGGCCAGCCACAAAGCCCGGGCUUGUGCUUCCAGAUCUGGGGGUGUUCUUGGGCCCCUGCAAGUUCGCCAUGGGUGGAAGAGCCCUGUUUGCAAUUGUGGACAAAAGCCAGACAACUGUGGCCUACAGACUUUCUGCGGGAAAGAACAAUGUGGAAAAUUUUUUCUCUCUAUUCCUUUGUGUAAGGGUAAUGCCCUAUACUUCAAAUCAGCCAGAAAUGUUACAGUGAACAUUCUCAAUGACCAGACUAAAGUGCUAACUCAGCUCAUCACAGGUCCAAAAGCUGUAGAAGCUUAUGGCAAAAAGUUUGAAGUAAAGACAGUUUCUGGAAAAUUGCUCUUCUCUGCAGAUAACAAUGAAGUGGUGGUAGGAGCAGAGAGAUUAAGAGUUUUAGGAGCGGAGGGCACAGUGUUCCCUAAAUCUAUAGAGACACCUAAUGUCAGGGCAGACCCCUUCAAGGAACUAAGGUUGGAGUCCCCGACCCGGUCUCUUGUGAUGGAGGCCCCCAAAGGAGUCGAAAUCAAUGCAGAAGCCGGCAAUAUGGAAGCCACCUGCAGAACUGAGCUGAGGCUGGAGUCCAAAGAUGGAGAGAUUAAGUUAGAUGCUGCGAAAAUCCAACUACCUAGACUGCCUCACGGAUCCUACACGCCUACAGGAACGAGGCAGAAGGUGUUCGAGAUCUGCGUCUGCGCCAAUGGGAGAUUAUUCCUGUCCCAGGCAGGAACUGGUUCCACUUGUCAGAUAAACACAAGUGUCUGCCUUUGAGAGACCAUCCAUAGUGGACAUUGUCGGCAGCAUAAAGGCCGUUUUUGUCUUUAGAUACUGGCUGCCAGCUAUUUUUACUAGAACACAGAAAGCCUAUCAAAGACCAUGUGUGUGUGCACGCGCGCGCAUAUGCGUGUGUGUGUGCGCGCGCAUGUGUGUGUGUAUGUGUGUGUGUAUGCGUGUGGGUGGAUAUAAAUAUAUAUAAGUAUAUAUAAAUAAAUAUAUAUAUCCUCUGUAUAAAAUGAGGUUUCAGUACAAAAGGAACCAUGGGUGACCCUGUGAUAUCCACCAUCAUUUCCAUGUCAACCCCACCACCUACAUGAUAAGAUCAAAAUACUGAUU